AUGGGAAAGAAGCAGUGCAGUAUAGGCACGAACUCAAAGAGAAGGAAAAAGUCGGAAAGUAGCGGCAAUUUUGCGGUGUGUAAAACAGAUGAGGUUCCGCCGGCACUUCGUCUCGAUCCACUGCACACCAUACUGCAUGUUAAGCAUCUGCACGACGAGCUGAUCUAUUCCUUGCCGUUUUUUUUAUCGCGAGUGGAAUGUCAGCGUGUGCGCUCAUUUGCAGAUCAAACGGGUUUUGAGCGCGUAACUCAGCGGGCCAGUCGGAACUACGCAUUUCGAGAUAAUGACCGACUUCUGCUACGUCUUCCGGCGUUUGCGGAGCUGCUUUGGACGCGUCUACAACCACACGUUGUAAGAAGUUACGAGGGCAUGCAUGCUGUCGGACUGAAUCCGGCGAUAAGGUUUUACCGCUAUAAUGCAGGACAGAGAUUUGGCUGUCAUGUAGAUCAGAGCGAUGUUGAUCGAAUUACAGGCUACCACAGUCGCUUUACGGUACUUGUGUACUUGAACGACUCAACAGACUCGGAGCUGCAGGGUGGCCAUACCAUCUUCUACGCCAAUGAAGCUGGUGAAAAGGAGGAGGUAGUGCUUAGUGUGACUCCUAUGACAGGCUUAGCACUCGUGCACGGUCAUGGCGAUCGGUGCUUGUUGCACGAAGGUGCUCGAGUUACACGAGGGGCCAAGUAUGUACUACGCACAGACGUCAUGUAUUCGCGAACCAAACCGUAG